AUGGCCGGUGCCAAGAAGAAGAAGAAGCCGGCGGCCAACCCAGCUCGAGGCUUCGCAACAACCUCGAUUGCUUCGAAACCCCGACCGGAAGCGGAAUCGGAGCCUGAUACAAAGCCGCUGACCAGCGGCGCCAAAUCCAACUUCGAUACCCCUCCCUCCAAUGCCGAUAAGUCGAAUGCCCCGCCAUCGAACGACAACGGCCAGCAACAAGGGCGAGAGAAUCCGCUGAGCGCCGAAGAGUUCGAGAGGCAGCUCGAGGAGUCCGAGCUGCAGCUACUCGUCGAGAAAUAUGCCCCAAGAGCAAAGCGAGAUGCCCAGCGACAACGCGCUCGCCUCGAGACAGAUCGUCGUUUGCUUCGGAACCAGGCGGACACCAUCAACAUCCCGAAAUGGCUACCCCCCGACUUGCUAGACCAUAUCUUGGAUCUUAUAAAUGCCGAGACUCGCUUCUCCUCGUCGAACGUCUCUUCCGAAUCCACCGGCAGCGGCAAGAUGCCACCCGAGGAGGACACCAUCGUCCGUCUCUGGACCCUGCGCCAAACUUUGGAAGCCGCCGCCUUCCCUGAUGCACGUGUCGAGGCUGUUCUGCAGCACAUCCUGGACAUUGCCCCAAACGUGCAAACAGCGGCGAAGGAUUCGAUUUGGGGGCUAGACGAAGCCCUCGAUUGGUUGGCGCGAGAGUCCUCGACGAAUGAGCUUCCUCCCUAUGAACACAGGGGGAAGGUCGUUGCCAAAGACGUUCAGAACGCCAGCCCUUUCCCAUCUCGUACACAAACACCGAAGCCCGAGUCGCAGCAGGAUCGGAAAGGCAAAGAGUCAAGCAAAUCAGGCACGAAUGAGCGCUCCGGCAAAGGGACCUCUAGGAAACUAGCUGUGACGUGUGAUAUUGAUAUCGAACCAGAAGACUUGGUUCCCGAAUACCUCGCAGCCAAGACCAGCCUCCUAGAGCUGAGUCGCAGUGAAAGCGAGCAGGAUGCUGCUGGUGAGCAUGACGUCGAACUCGCAAUCGCAAAGCUGGAGGCAAAGUUGGAAAAGAUUAAGUCCGACGUGCUAUUUGACAAGUUUGCGGCCGAGCUGAAGUGGAAGAGCGAAAGGAUAAUCUUGGAGAAGCGACUGGCGGUGACUAGGAAAGACCUCCUAGCUGCAUCAGCUGGCGUACCCAAACCUGCGGGAAUCGCGGCAGAGGCAGAGGCAGUGACAGACGACUCGGAUGACGAUGAAGUCGCCGGUGAGGCUGAGCGAAUGGCUGCUGAGGUUUUGGCCGAGGCGUCCGACGAAGAUGACAUAGCUGGCUUGUUCGCUUCUUUGCCGCAGAGCGAGGUGGAUCCAAAUACGGGAAAAUCACAGACGGUGCUGGCUUCGGCGGAUGGUGUGAAACUUAUUCUUCGAGAUUUCGGCAAAUGGACCGGUGUCAGCCCAAGGCGUGUCCUGGAAGAGGCUUGCCGCUCAAGAGAUUCCUCGGUCAAGGUGAACUACACGGUGGUGUCGGAGACCUCUUUUGCGAACCGCCAGUCCAUCGACAUCUGGUGGACGAAGGCCCAGGAGCCACCUCGAGCGGUACCAGGAUCCGAUGUGGAGGUUAUUGCGGAUCAAACGCGAUUCACAUUUACCAUGCUCGGAGUUGCCGUCCCGGACAAAAAGCAGGCCGAGGCGUACAUUGCCACCUCGGCCUUGUUCCAUGUUUUCAGUGGCAACGCAAGGGAGGAGAAGGUUAACCUUCGGCUGCCGUCUGCGUGGAAAGAUCUUUGGAACGAGAUGGCGGAAGCCAGGAAAGAGCAGCUUGAUUCCCAAGACCGUGAUGCUGUAAGGUCCCUGAGGACACUUGUCAGACAACGGCAAGACAGGGAACUUGAAGAUGGCGUCAUCCUUCAAGGGGCUUUCCGUGGCCGCGCUGCCAAGGCCCCGCAGAACUCGGCAGAGAACGCGAAUGAUCGAAAGAAACAAAUUUGUGUAGCUGCCGACGACAUGAGACGGAUAUGGGCUGACAAGUCGGGAACUCGCAAGUUCCAAGCGAUGCUGCAAUCUCGAAUGCAGCUCCCCAUGUGGCAGUUCAGGCCACAAGUAUUGGAGGCUGUGGAUAAGAACCAGGUGGUGAUCAUAUGCGGUGAAACGGGAUGGCAUGUUUUCUGCGGAAAGAGUACCCAAGUCCCAGCAUUCGUGCUAGAACAUGAACUCUCUCAGGGGAGGUCCUGCAAGAUCUAUUGCACGGAACCCCGCCGUAUCUCUGCCAUCUCCCUGGCUCGCCGUGUGAGCGAAGAGCUAGGCGAAAAUAAGGGCGAUGUUGGCUCCAGCAGAUCUUUGGUCGGCUACUCCAUCCGACUCGAAGCGAAUACGUCUCGAGAGACGCGACUGGUAUAUGCAACGACAGGAAUCGUCAUGCGCAUGCUUGAGGGAUCAAACGACCUUCGUGAGGUCACUCACUUGAUUCUUGAUGAAGUCCACGAGAGAACUAUCGAUAGCGACUUCCUGCUGAUUGUACUCAAGCGACUCUUGACGAAGCGCAAGGAUCUCAAAGUCCUUCUCAUGUCUGCCACCGUUGACGCUGAACGCUUCUCAAGAUAUCUUGGUGGAGCACCAAUUCUGAAUGUCCCCGGACGGACGUUCCCUGUGGACGUCCGGUAUCUCGAGGACGCCGUCGAGAUUACGGGCUACAACCCAACGAACUCUCCCGCAGACAAGAUGGUUGACCUCGAUGAGGAUGGGGCGGAAGACGACGGCAGUGGAAACAAGAGCGAAUUUGCAGCGAGCCUCACCGGCUACUCUGCCAAGACUCGAAGCAUUCUGUCACAGAUGGACGAGUAUCAUAUUGACUUUGACCUCAUCGUUCAACUCAUGGCCCAGAUUGCGUCGAACGAAUCCUUGGAACCAUAUAGCAGGGCGGUACUGGUGUUCCUGCCCGGUAUCGCUGAGAUCCGAGCUCUCAACGAUUUGCUGCUCGGCGACCCACGAUUUGCAAGAGACUGGUUGGUAUACCCUCUGCAUUCCUCCAUCGCGACCGAAGACCAAGAAUCGGCCUUUCUCGUGCCGCCACCGGGAAUACGCAAGAUUGUGCUCGCCACCAACAUUGCGGAAACGGGCAUCACCAUUCCUGACGUGACUUGCGUCAUUGACACUGGGAAACACCGAGAGAUGCGGUAUGAUGAAAGGAGGCAGCUCUCCAGGCUUAUCGAUACCUUUAUUUCUCGAGCAAACGCAAAGCAGAGGCGUGGUCGUGCCGGCCGUGUACAAAAUGGCAUUUGUUUCCACAUGUUCACAAAGCAUCGACACGACAACAUCAUGAGUGACCAGCAGACACCAGAGAUGCUGCGUCUUUCUCUGCAAGAUCUCGCGAUCCGUGUCAAAAUCUGCAAGAUUGGUGGCAUCGAAGAGACUCUGAGCGACGCUCUCGACCCCCCAUCCGCCAAGAACAUUCGUCGGGCCGUUGAUGCCCUCGUCGAUGUGCGUGCCUUGGCUGCCGGUGAGGAACUCACUCCGCUUGGUCAUCAGUUGGCCAGGUUACCGCUUGACGUCUUUUUGGGCAAGCUGAUUCUCCUCGGCACUGUUUUCAAAUGUUUGGAUAUGGCCAUUACCGUGGCCGCCAUCCUCUCAUCCAAAUCCCCCUUCUCUGCGCCUUUCGGGCAACGAGCUCAGGCAGACAAUGCCAGGAUGCUCUUCCGGCGCGGUGAUUCGGAUCUGCUUACGAUAUACAAUGCCUAUGUCUCCUGGAAACGUGUAUGUCAGUCCAACAGUGGCAGCGGCAAGGAGUUCCAGUUUUGCCGCAAGAACUUCCUGAGCCAGCCGACACUCGCCAACAUCGAGGAUCUCAAGGGACAACUCCUUGUCUCGCUGGUUGACGCCGGGUUCCUGUCACUGACAGAAGAAGAGCGGCGAACUCUCAAGAACCAACGUUUCACCCAAGGCGGGCGCGGACGUCGGCAGCAAACAUUCUUCGAGGUUCCACACCGCGUCAACGUGAACAGCGACAACGAUGUCGUGUCGUCAUCAGUCAUUGCCUGGAGUUUCUAUCCAAAGAUGCUCGUGAGAGACACGCCGGGUACAAAGGGACUGCGCAACAUUGGCAACAAUCAGUCCAUUAGCUUGCAUCCGUCAUCGGUUAACCGCAAUUAUCGCGAUAUCAAAUGGCUGUCGUAUUACCACAUCAUGCAGUCAAAGUCGGUGUACCACGCGCACGAAACUACGGCGGUUGAACCGUUUGCCAUUGCCCUGCUCUGUGGUGAAAUGUUCUCCGGCGUCAUCGUCCUCGACGGCAACCGAGGGCGGUUUGCCCUCCCCGACUGGAAAUCAAUGCUCGUGGUCAAGGUUCUUCGCACGCGCCUCCGCGACCUGCUCGCACGCUCCUUUCGACUGCCUGGCAAGCUCCCUACUGCGCAGCAUCAGAAGUGGCUCGACGUCUGGCAGCGCCUCUUUGCGCAGGACAGCCUUCUCCAGGGCCAAGACAGCAUAGUCAAGGGAUCUUCACUCACCGUCGGCAAGGCAUAG